AUGAUCGCUCAAAUGGAAUUGAUUGGAAAUGAGAAAAUCGGAAUUUUGAACAAGAGAAUCGAUGUCCUUGAGCUUGCCAAGGAUAUCGCCGCGAAAAAGGAUCUUCAGAACAAUGACUCAUCCUUCAUGAUUGUCUCGUUGGAUCGUAUUCUUGAUAGAUUCAAAUUGUGGAAAAAAGAGUUGCCAAUGGUUGAGCCUUUUUACGCUGUGAAGUGCAACACUGAUCCUGUGUUGGUUCGAAUCCUAGCGACUCUCGGAUGCGGAUUCGAUUGUGCGAGUCGCGAAGAGAUCGACAUUGUCAUGGCAACUGGGGUUACCGCAGAUCGGGUUAUCUACGCAAAUCCCUGCAAGACCCGCAGUUUCAUUGCACAUGCGUUGGAGCGUGAUGUUCGCAUGAUGACAUUUGAUAACAGCGAGGAGCUUAAGAAGGUUUCUAAGCUUCACCCAAACGCAGAGAUGAUCCUUCGAAUUGCUGUUUCAGAUCCAACAGCUACUUGUCCGUUAAAUCUGAAAUUUGGCUGUGAUCCAGUGCUUGCCGCACCUCAACUUCUCAAAAAAGCUUAUGAUGAAGGAGUAAACGUUGUCGGUAUCUCGUUCCAUGUGGGAAGUGGAUGCAACGACGCUACCGCCUAUCGUACGGCUCUUCAACACGCAAAGAACCUAUGCGAAAUUGGAGAAGGCUUUGGAUUCAGAAUGAAUAUCAUUGAUAUGGGUGGAGGCUUUCCUGGAGCAGAACAUCAAAAUUCGUUUGAGAAUAUUGCCAAGGUGAUCCGCGAGGCCAUUGAUGACUUCUUCCCAGAUACUGAGAAACGACUCAUCGCCGAACCCGGAAGAUUCUUUGCUGCUGGGCCAUUCAGUCUUGUGGCCAACAUAAUUCAUUCUACCGAAGUUCCUGCUUCGAAGAUCACAAAAAAUGCAAACGAUUCGGCCGACACUGGAUACAUGUACUAUAUCAAUGAUGGAGUAUAUGGAUCAUUCAAUUGUAUUCUGUUCGACCAUGUUCAUCCAGAAGGAUUCGCGCUUUUUCCACCGGCAACAGAAGAACGCUUCAUCUCAACCAUUUGGGGUCCGACAUGUGACAGUUUGGAUAUGGUCGAAGACCAGAAAUCCAUGCCAAAGAUGGAGGUCGGUGAUUGGAUGUUCUAUCCGGAUAUGGGAGCAUAUACAAGCGCGGCGGCUACCACAUUCAACGGAUUUGCAAAGCCAACUAUGAUGUACGUCAUCAGCGAAGAUAUGUGGAAUCAAACCGUUAAGAAUUCAGACUUUAUUUGA